CCAAAAACAAUCAAAAUCAUCAAACAAAACAAAGCGGAGAGCAGAGGAGAAGGCAAAAAUACUAGAGCGACUCUCUGCAUUCCAAUCUGUCCCCUAACAAAAUCAUGGCGGAUAAGGGUCGACCAUUGCCAAAGUUUGGUGAAUGGGAUGUCAAUGACCCUUCAUCAGCUGAGGGAUUUACUGUUAUCUUCAACAAAGCUAGAAAUGAGAAAAAGACAGGUGGCAAGGUUGAGUCGCCAGGGAAAAAUGAACAGCAAGGGGCUGUUCUUGAAAAGCCCCAAUCUAAAAAAUGGUUUUGCUGUAUAAAAGCUGCUGAUGCAGAGUAAAGAGUUGGCUCUUACAGUAUUUAAGAGCUUCCAAAAGAAAGCAUUAGUUAUCUAAACCGAGCCCUUACGAAUGAUCCAGAUGACUGGAGCUGUGUCAGAAGCUAUGAUAGGUCGUGCUGGAAUCUGUUUGUUUGCUAGUUUGAGCUUCGGUGAUGAUCUGGGCUUGGGAUGAGAGAACAAUGUUAGUUUUAUGUUUAUGUUCACUCGUGGGUUGUUACUGCAUUUUUUGCUCCCCUUCCUUUAUUCAAAUAUGUUAUGGGUUGACACUAUUGUUUGUGUAUGACAUUUGUAUUCUGUAUUGCUUUUAAGUUAAUGUGAUUUUCUUGUGUAUACCUUCAUAUGUAUAAUAAUGUAUACGAAAUGAAGCUCACUCGUAUCUUCAGUCAGUUCCGAUCUUAGCUCGUAAGACCAGUUAAAGAUUUUAUUCCACCUCUCCCAAUACUUG